AUGCCUGGUGGUCUUCACGCUCCGAUCGAACAGUGGCUCGCUUGGCCCGGGCCAAACUACAUCAACCCGCCAACAAAGCCCAAAUAUGUUCUCAUAGUCGCAUGUAUACUGGGACCAAUCUGCCUUUCUACUUUUUUGGCGCGACUAUGGGUGCGAUUGCGGAUUCAAAAGAAUCCUGGCUGGGAUGAUUUCUUGAUGCUGUUGGCUUGGUUGUCGAAAUUCACUACUUCAACCGACAUGUCUGGGAUGUUCCUAUGA